AUGGCACCUGUUAAUCAAGGACGUAAACUGAAAGAUUCAUCGAAUGAUACAAGAAGUUCUCUUCAAUAUCAUAAAUCAUAUUUUGAUAUUGAAACAUGUGAUAAUAAUCGUUGUCGAUUACCUUAUUGUUAUUGUUCAAAUCAAACUAUACCAGGUGAUUUAACAAUACGUAAUACUCCACAAUUCAUUGCAAUAACAAUAAAUGGACCAAUAGAUGAUAAAACAUAUAAAUUAUUGAAAGAGAUAUUUUUUUCAAACAAAUAUUAUAAUCCAGAUGGUUGUUCUAUUAGUGGUACUAUUUUUCUUAAAAGUCAUAUUGAAACAAAUUAUUGUUUAGUUCGAAAAGUUCUAGAAUAUGGAAAUAUUGAAUUAAGUAUAUCAUCAAAUUCAAGCGAAUGUCCAACUGUUGAUUGUCGUAUAAAAGAAAAACAUGAUAAAAGUCCAUAUGUACCUUGGCGUUCAUAUCGUUUUUAUAAUGAAACAAUUGAUUAUCGUCGUAGAAUUGCUAAAUUAACUGGUCUUCAUUCAUCAUCAAUUGUUGGUUAUCGUUCACCUAACUAUGAAAUAAAUAAUAAUCAACUUCAUUGGCAUAUUUUACGAGAACAUAAAUUUUUAUAUGAUUCAACAUUAAUAACACAAGAAUGGGAUGUACCAUAUUAUAAUCAACAACAACCAACAUCAUUAACAUGGCCACAUACAAUGGAUUUUGCAGCUAAUUAUGAUUGUUCACAAAGUUGUUAUACACAAUCAUUUCCUGGACUUUGGACAAUUCCAAUACAUAUGUAUCAAGAUUUACAAGGACGAAAUUGUACAACAAUUAGUAGUAGUUAUUGUCAUAUAUUACCUAGAAAAGAUAAAUUUUUUCAAUAUCUUAAAUAUAAUCUUAAUCGUCAUUUACAUUCAAAUCAUGCACCAUUUAUAAUGGCAUUUGAUAAUUAUUGGUUAAAUGAACCAUAUACAUUAUGGAGAAUAGAAGGAUUAAAAUUAUUUAUUGAACAUACAUUACAUUAUCAUUCAAAUGAUGUUUAUUUUGUACGUAUUAUUGAUAUUAUUAAUUGGAUGAAACAACCAAUUGGACUUGAACAAAUGAAACAAAAAUAUUUAUCAAAUAUAGGAAUAAAAUCUAUUUGUAAUCAAAAAAUUAAUAUUGACAAUGAUCAAGAAUGUUUUAAUGAAAAACAAAUAGAAACUUGGAAAUCUAAUAUGAUAACAAAUAGUCAAUCAUUAUUAAAUUUGUUUGAUACUGUUGCAGAACCAUUAUUUCGUUCAAAUAUUGUUUUUUAUUCAGCAAUUGGCUUUUGUAGUUUUGUUAUUUUAACUUUUAUAUAUGAUCGAUUUUAUAUUUCUUAG